ACAGAAAUCUCUUAUAUUGGUGACCUAUAUUUCUCUUUAAAUUUAUGGCCUGAUUACCCGGUUUUAAGAUGAGUUCAAAGCAUAAAGACAAGCAUUUUCUCAGGCAGAAAUCCCUUGUUAUUCCUCAAGUACAAAAUCCAUUUUCRUACAGCCUUCAUUUGACGAUUUUCGACAAGUUCAAGGUUGUCAUUUGUACACUAACUCUAUUUCCAAUAAGAGUCGUCGGAGCUGUGAUUUGUCUUUUAUUUGCUAGUAUAUUGGCAUCAUUAGCUACAGCAUUUUUAACAGAGGGUAAAUUGAAUGAGCCCCUGACUGGAAUACGAAAAAUAUUGAAAGUACCCCUUAGGCUGUGUGCACGUGCUUGUCUCUUCUUCUUUGGAUUCCACUGGGUAAAGGUCAAGGGAAAGCUUUGUAGCUCAGAAGAGGCCCCUGUCUUGGUUGUUGCUCCUCAUUCUUCAUUUAUCGAUGCUCUUGCCCUCUCUGUUAUCGGUAUGCCUGGAGGGGUGUCUAGAAGGGAAAAUGAUCAGAUUCCUAUUAUUGGAGCUAUACUACGCUGCAUGCAGCCUAUCUAUGUUGCAAGGAAUGAUGUCAACUCUCGACAAAACACUAUCGCUGAAAUCAAAAGAAGAACCAGCUCUAAAGGACUAUGGCCUCAUCUUGCAAUAUUCCCGGAAGGAACUUGCACAAACAGACAGUGUCUGAUAACAUUUAAACCAGGUGCUUUUUACGCAGCAUGUCCAGUACAGCCUGUAGUUCUAAAAUUUCCCAAUAAACUGGAUACAGUCACUUGGACUUGGUCUGGUCCAGGAGCUUUGAAGCUUAUUUGGUUAACACUUUGCCAGUUUCACAAUUACUUGGAAAUAGAGAUUUUGCCAGUGUAUAAACCAUCCUGUGAAGAAUUACUUGACGCAAAACUAUUUGCGCGUAACGUCAGAGAGCAAAUGGCUAGUGUACUGAAGGUUCCUGUAACUGAACACACUUAUGAAGACUGCCGACUGAUGCUCGAAGCAACACAGAAGAAGCUACCAGCCUCAACUGGUUUGGUGGAGUACCAGAAAAUCAGCACCAAACUAUGUGUGCGCAUUGACAGCAUGAAAGACUUGCUGCAUAAAUUUUCUGAGAUCGACACAAAUGCUGAUGGUCGAGUUGACCUUCAAGAAUUUGCAGCGUACCUUAAUCUUCCCAUCACGCCACAAAUAGAGGAGUUAUUCUCUCUUUAUGACAGGGAUGAGUCUGGCGACAUAGAUUUCAGAGAAUACCUGAUUGGUAUGGCCCUUGUGGCAAAACCAGCCAGUAGCGAUGACUCUAUUAAACUAGCAUUCGAGGUUUUUGACGUGAAUAAAGAUGGUCGUGUUGGGGAGCUCGAGCUCAAGCAUAUCCUACAAAGUGCUUACCCUUCCAUCAGGGAACGCGAUAUCAAUUGUAUUUUUAGACGAAUUGAUGUGAAUAAUCGUGGAUAUGUCACAUAUGAGGAAUUUUACGCGUUCGCCAAGUCCAAUCCAGAGUACGCAGUUAUCUUUGACAGCUACAGAAAGGAGGACCAUUCAAAGACAGACCCUGGGAAGAGUGGUACAGUGAAUGAGGCGUAUGAGGAUGCGGAUAGGGCAGCAAAAGCGUGAACAAGAGCUGGAUUAUGAUAGGCGGUAAGAAGAAAACAUAAAAGCGAUCUCGAUUGUGGAACAUGUUUUUAGAUAGGGUAAGCGCUAUUCAUUCCUGGAGAUGGAAUCUGUAAACCAUCUUUAAGAGCACUUAAAAGGACCUUGAAUUAGGCAUAUUUAAUAAAUGUGCUUUGAAAUUAUAUGGAAAUGCUUUAGUUUCGAAUUCUGUUGUUCAGGGCUAGUCUUGAUUUUGUGUAGAAUAUUCAGUGUUUCAGUGAAGGUCCGUGGUCAAUCAAAGUUUAUUGUUGAAGUUGUAAAUUCUUUACUUUACUGUGGUAUUUGUGAAUAUUUUGACGCUGAAAUGAGGCUAACCCUGAGUAGAGAGAAUAAGAGAAAAAUAUCAAAUGCUCUUGGCGGGAAUCGAACCAACGUCUUCGGUUCCAGUCCCAUGUGUUAACCACUACACUACAUGGACCAACCACGCUGGUAACGAAAUGUAGGGUAUUCGUGAGGAUCCCAGAACGAUAUUUUUUCUCUAUAGAUAAGUUGAACACCGUAAAUAUGUACGCAAAGAAUAGACAUAGUAUAGUAGUAAUAAAUUAUGCGUUCGGGGUGUAUAAUGAAGUAGAGAGAAUAAGAGAAAAAUAUCCUGAGUAAAUGAGUCUGUAAUCAAUUAAUUUAGCGAUGUUUUGCGAAUAGUUCCCUCCAAGUUCCCUGCGCCAUCUUGAAAGGUAGCCGUGCCUUUGCAUCGAAGCGAGACGAACGGUGAGCAUGCAAUGAUAGAGACCUUUUUUAACACCUUGGACAAUUGUUCACAUGCCUCUAUCAUUGCAAGCUCAUAGUUCGUCUCUCUUCGAUGCAAACUGGAACUGAGAAUGGGACUAUUCAAAAAAGAUAUCAUUAUUGAAAAUAAGUUUGUUCGUACACUAUGGAGAACAAAUGUUUAAUUAAGGCACAAGACUACAGCAAAAUACCAUUUAUUCUGAAACGGAUUGUACAUAUUUCCCUGGAAUUGCAUUUGAAGAAUCUUGCGCACGAAUAAUCCUGCAUAGAACCUGUUAUUCAGGGUUGCGCACUUGCACCCAAAAUCACGGAACACAGAUUUUAGGUUGAGGCCUUUUGUUAUCCUUGGAAACCGCAAUUUAAAAAUUACGCAUUACCUAAGUGAUUUUCUGUGAAUCUUUGAAGAAUCACUCGUUAGGCUAAACCUUCUUCAAUACCAGCUAAUUGUAUAGUCUUUAUUUAUCUAUUAGCUAAAAUAAGGCUGGCACACUAAUGUUGUUUUAUUUAUUAACUUAUAUACAAUUGAUUGAUUGAAUUGAUAAAUUGUUCUCCUUUUAUAAGGCGAUGUUGAAAUUUUAAUAAAACUUACCAUUAAGCUAA